AUGGCUGUGAACAAUGCAUUCAUUACGAGAUAUAACACAUUUUUUGGGGCUUUGGUAGUUCAGCCCCCAGGAAAGGUAAGUUCAAACCCCCACUGUUUUGUCCAUUUUACACCCCCAUAAUGAAAAAUUUAGAAUAUUACAAAAAAUGCAAAUUAGGGUAAAACGACCCCCGGCGUUUUAGCUCAAAACCCCAGUUGCCGUCCAAAUUCGUUCUUGUAGUUCAGGCAACGCUGACCGUAGCCGAGAGAACCCAAUUCCGAGUAGGAGCUUCAGAUUGGAUGAAGGGGUUUAUGCUGGGUCCAGGGGGGCUGAAUGAGCGAGUGCAGAGAGCGCAAGCUCUCUGCACCAAUCUCGUCGCUGAAGUGGAAAGCAAUUAG